CAUUGUUAGCAGUUUCACCCCGUCAUAAACACGAAUCCAAGAUGGCGGCGUUUCGUUGUCCUCCAGAACGACUUCUGAGGCCCCUAGCACGAGCAGCUACAGCAAGAACAUCGCAGCCGUUAAUGCCUGCAUUAUGUCGAACAAGCACAAGGAUGUAUAGGGCGGCUGUGUGCAAAGAAUUGGGCAAACCUCUAGUCGUGGAGGAUUUUCCUGUAGUGCAAAAAUUAAGAGAUUCACAGGUGCGAGUAGCUGUUCACAGCUGUGGAAUUAAUUUUGCCGACAUUCUCAUGUGCAUGGGAAAAUACCAAGAAAAACCAGAAUUACCAUUUGUUCCUGGAAGUGAGAUAGCAGGAGAAGUAAUAGACAUAGGAGACAAUGUUACCAUGGUGACAAAGGGUGAUCAUGUACUGGGUGUCACAAGUUUGGGUGGAUGGUCUAAAGAGGUUACUGUCCAGCAAGAGGCACUUUGGAAAAUCCCCUCAAGUUUAUCAUUUGACAAAGCAGCAGCACUACCAGUUUCUUAUGGAACAGCCUAUGUUGGUUUAACUCGCAAAGCAAAUGUAAAACCUGGGCAAACAGUUCUCGUAACUGCAGCUGCUGGAGCUCUUGGAUUAGCUACAGUAGACAUUGCUGUAAAUGCACUUGGGGCCAAGGCAAUUGGAGCAGCAAGUGCUGACAAGUUAACCAUUGUGGGGAAUUUUGGAGCUAUGGCUACUAUUGAUUAUAGAACAGAAAGCAUCAAGGACAAGGUCAAGAAGCUCACAGGUGGGCGUGGUGCUAAUGUCAUUCUGGAUGCCGUUGGUGGGGAUGUUUUUAAAGAAUGCUUAAAAUGUAUUGCAUGGGAUGGAACUAUAAUUCCUGCAGGUUUUGCUUCUGGUAACAUUCCACAGAUCCCAGCUAAUAUUCUCCUUGUAAAGAAUUGUAAUGUGGCUGGGUUAUAUUGGGGUGCACACAGCAAGUUUAAUCCUUCUGUAUUCAGAGAUUCAGUAGAUAAGGCAUUGGAAUUAUGUAGCCAAGGAAAGCUCAAGGGCCCACAUGUUUCUGCUACAUUCAACAUGGAUAAGGUUAAUGAAGCCAUACAAUUUCUCCUGCAAAAAAAGUCCACUGGAAAAGUAGUGAUUAAAAUAAGAUGAUUCUGCAACUCUUGGAUAUUAUAGAGUGCAAACCAUGUCCGUAAAAUAGUACUAACUAGUAGUACAAAAAAAUUGCUAUGAUAAAACCAAGUAAUAGUACAAAAUAAUACAAAAUAACACCAAGGAAACAACUGGAAAAAAAAUGUGUUUGGUGCUAUUUAGGUUUUGUGCUAUUUCACAGAUAUACUGUACUGUAUGGUUUGCAUUAUGGUGAAAAUAUAAACCAUUUACUUAAAUAGUAAGUACAUGGAAUUUCCCUCUAUCAUGAAAUUUCAGUACUUGACAUUCCCUUUUGCUAGUAUUUCUAACCUUUUCAAUUUACAAUUUAAAUGUUAAAAUAUGUAGAGAUCAUAAAACCUCACAAAACAUUGUCUUUACCAAAUGAAAGUGAAUCUUAGAAGUGUACAAAUUUGCAAUCGAAAAAAUCAUUACAAAAUAUAAUACUCUUCAAGAAAACAGUGAUUAUUUAUUUAUAUAGAGCAUAAUUAUUACUGUUGAUUAGUAGCCUUUUAGUAUCAUAGAACAAAGGAAUAUUUUAAUGUUUCUUUCAUACAAAAUCCUCACAUUUUUCAAUUUAAAUAAAACAUGUGAAGUAUGAUACAAUCAAA